AUGCCACCACGCUUCCAUAAGAAGCUCAAGACUACGGUCAAAGAUCUGGUCACCAAGAUCAAGGGCGCUCUUGGUGACAGCAGCAGUAAGUACUCUCGCAUCACGUUUCAGUCUUUCUUCUCACUCAAACGAUUGCACAGGANNGACAGCAUCAGGGCGUCGUCAACGGCCUCACCAACCACUGAACUCGAGCAAGACGCAAAGGCGCGCGCACGGCUCCCUUCCACCGUCCCUGCCACGGAGCGCAUGACCCUUGACAAGUGA